GGGAGAUAAGGCCAUGUGAGGGGUCCUCUCCGAGUUUUUGCUCCAAAACCUUCCUUCAUCUGAUUUGCAGAGACUAACCCAAGAAAGGACCAACCAAAACCAAUACCUGCUUAGAGCUGGGUAGAGAGAGAAAGUGGGUUCUCUCUCUCUCUCUCUCUCUUCUUUGUUGUGUGCGUGCGUGUGUGAGGGUACAUGCAAAACAGUGAGUUUGAGAUAGAGAAAGAAGGAGUUGAAGAUUGUUAUUCAAUUUGCAUAAACUGCCCAUCAAGUACUUUUGUUGUUUUUUCGAUUUUGCUUCUUAUCCAACUAGCUCUUGAUUCUGAAGGUGGUUCUGGGGACUUGUUAGGGCGCAGAGAGGCUCAUCUCUGUGGUGUUGAACUUGUUCCUCCCGGCAAAGACAGAAGAAAGUACUUGAUUGAAGAUUGAGUAGUUGUUGUUGUUGCUGCUGCUGUUUUUUUAUCUCUUGUCGUGGAGACUAUGUUGGACGGUCGUUCCUGCGUGGUUCCGAGGUUGUUUCCCAGCUCUUGCCAGGCAGAUAACAAGUGGUCUUUCAUGACAUACCUGCCGGAUUUGGAUUUGGAUUUGGAUUUGGAUUUGGAUUUGGAUUUGGAUUUGGACAUAAAGAAUGGCAAGCGCCCUUUGGACCCCGAUGGUGAGGAAGAACCCCAGCCAAGGAAGGCCAACAGGAGAGUUGAUUCUCGUCACCAUGACGGCGAGACCGCGCGAUUCUUGUAUCAACAACAGCAAUCAUGUCAUGCUGAUGACUCUGUUGUUCCACAAAUGGAUCAGGAUCAGAGGAAGGAUUGUGAGUCAUUGAGUAAUUGGGGAAGAGUUGAGAAGGAUGAGGCCUUUUCUGCUCAGAUGUUGGAUGAACGAGAACAGAAUCAAGCCGAGGAUUCGAUGGUGUCUGGUGACCUUCAAUCUGAUAAACAGCAGGAGGAUCAGGCCGGGGAUUCAUCGGUUCAGCAGCCCGAUGAACCGCAGAUGGAGGAGCAGCAGGUUGUAGGGGAAUUGUUGGAUGCUGGUGACCAGCAGCAGCAACAACCUGAUGAGCCGGAAGAGCAGCAUGGUGGGGAUUCGUCAGAUUCGGGUUCUCUUUUGCCUCGAAUGAACCGGGACAGCUCAAUUGCGUGUCUGAGCCGGUGUUCCAGGUCGGAUUACGGCUCUCUGGCGUCGCUGAAUAGGAGCUUUCGCAACACAAUCCGAAGUGGUGAGCUAUACAGGUGGAGGAGGCUUAAUGGCAUCACAGAACACUGGAUUUAUUUCUCCUGUGCCCUCCUUGAAUGGGAGGCCUAUGAUCCAAUUCGGGAAAGGUGGAUGCAUUUACCAAGGAUGGCUUCUAACGAAUGCUUCAUGUGUUCGGAUAAGGAGUCUUUAGCCGUAGGAACUGAGCUUCUUGUGUUUGGCAGGGAGAUGAGGUCCCAUGUCAUUUACAGAUACAGUCUUUUGACUAACUCAUGGACAUCUGGAAUGAGGAUGAAUGCUCCAAGAUGCUUGUUUGGAUCUGCCAGCCUUGGGGAGAUUGCAAUUUUGGCUGGUGGGUGUGAUUCGGACGGUCAUAUCCUUGACUCGGCCGAACUGUACAAUUCUGAGAAUCAAACAUGGGAAGUACUCCCUAGCAUGAACAAGCCCAGGAAGAUGUGCUCUGGGGUGUUUAUGGAUGGAAAGUUUUAUGUUAUUGGGGGAAUUGGUGGAAGUGAAUCCAAGCUUCUCACAUGUGGUGAGGAGUACAAUUUACAAACUAGAACAUGGACAGAAAUUCCUAACAUGUCCCCUGGACGCAGCGCCAGGGGAUCUGAGAUGCCUGCGACGGCCGAGGCGCCACCGCUGGUUGCAGUUGUAAAUAAUGAAUUAUAUGCUGCUGAUUACGCUGACAUGGAGGUCAAGAAAUACGACAAGGAGAGGAGAGUGUGGCUUAACAUUGGGAGACUGCCGGAGCGAGCAGUGUCGAUGAACGGUUGGGGUCUUGCAUUCAGGGCAUGUGGAAAUAGGCUGAUUGUUAUUGGUGGACCUAGGACUCAUGGUGAGGGUUUCAUUGAACUCAAUUCAUGGGUGCCAAGUGAAGGACCUCCACAGUGGAAUCUACUCGCCAGAAAACGCUCUGGCAACUUUGUCUAUAAUUGUGCUGUGAUGGGAUGUUGAAGAAUUGAAUUGUGAAGGUCUCACACAUUUUGAUGCUUCAAAUCCAAUUAGUUGCACAACAUUGAUUCAUCCAUUGACACAGGAUUCUUGCUAAUUGGUACUUUCCCCCUUCUUUUUCUAUCAUAUUUUCCUUUCAAAGGCGGGGGAGGAUGGGGAGGAGAUUCAGAUAUUUCUCAAGAUUGGCUGAAGAGUUUUCCAAGGGACCUCUUCAGUCUUUUUAUUUUUAUGUUUAAAAUUUCACUUUCCAUUUUGUUCCAUUGAAAUUGGUAUCUUCCCCCAUUUACGUUUACAUGAAAUUUUUCAAAGCUUGCUAUCAUGUAGCACAGGAAUAGGUUAAAUAAUUGAAUUCUCAACACAAAUGUAGGUUCUUGGUGUUGUUUAUUUUAAGUUUUUCUUUUUUUAAGAACACACAACUAGAUAUUUGAUUUACUUGAUCAUAAAUUUUCUUACCUUGAUGGAAUAAUUUCCUAUAGUUGUUCAUUAAUUUUGGAUUAUUUAGCAAUCCAAUUCUCAUUUGAAUUCUUGGACUACCAUGUAUUUUGAGCUUUCCCUACCCUGGAAAGUAGAGUAUAUAGCCUGAUAACCAUUUCAUUUA